AUGCGUCCUCAAGGGGCGCUCGUCCCAAUCGUAUUGAUCUUGGCUGUCAUUUUGAUUUCGAUUGGUCGCAGUUCUGCGCAAUGUCGUGUACAACUCACUUAUCCGGUACUACGCCCUGCACAGUACAAUGGCUCAUGGUUCGUGAUAGCGAGGAAAGCGCCGUUAUCACGUUCGUUUCUGCCAGCUGAAGUGAACUCAUCCAUGAUUCGACUACAGAUGGACGGUGAGGAGCGACUGAAUAUGACCGAGUAUCAUUCGAUAAACGGAACUUGUAUGCCUCCACUUUACGGCGUGUGGACGAAAAAAGGGCUCGGCUACUUCAUGGAAGUAAGAACGGAGAACGGCCAUCUUUUCUCAAUGGGUCUUCGUGGUAUUUAUCAUGACUACUCUGGUGAGCAAAACGAGGAAAUGAACAUGGUUAUCUAUGGAUGCUCUCAAGACGACGGAUACGGUGAC